UGUACCGGGGGUAAACUGAGAAAAGAUUAACUUCAUCGUGCUCACUGCUCAGCCUAGUGGCGUAGUGCUGCCCUGCCGAAUGCCGCCCGCCUCCAUCCCGUAGAAGACAAAGAGAGAAGGAUAGAACUGGACGGCGGCGGCGGAGACGACGAUGCAGUGGUACUUGGUGGCCGCGCUCCUCACCGUCCUCACCAGCUCCCAGGGAAUAUUGACCACCCUUUCCCAGAGCAAUGGCAAAUAUAAGUAUGAUUAUGCCACAAUUCCUUUUUUAGCUGAGCUCUUCAAGUUGUCUGUCUCAGGCUUCUUCCUCUGGAAGGAAUGCCAUUCUUCAUCUCCACCAAGGAUGACAAAGGAAUGGAGGAGUGUGCGACUAUAUCUUGUUCCUUCAGUCAUAUACCUCAUCCACAACAAUGUCCAGUUUGCAACAUUGACUUAUGUUGACCCAUCUACCUAUCAGAUAAUGGGAAACCUGAAAAUUGUUACAACUGGGAUUUUGUUUAGGCUUGUUCUAAAAAGGAAGUUGUCCAAUCUACAAUGGAUGGCAAUUGUUUUAUUGGCUGUUGGUACAACUACAAGCCAGGUGAAAGGAUGUGGAGAUGCACCAUGUGAUUCUCUUUUCUCAGCACCAUUGCAGGGUUACAUGCUUGGAAUACUUUCUGCUUGUCUUUCCGCUCUAGCCGGUGUGUACACAGAAUAUUUGAUGAAGAAGAACAAUGAUAGUUUGUACUGGCAAAAUGUACAAUUAUAUACGUUUGGAGUUAUGUUCAACAUGGGCUGGCUAAUUUAUGGUGAUUUUAAAGCUAGAUUUGAGCUGGGUCCAUGGUGGCAGCGCCUUUUUAAUGGUUAUUCAAUCACAACAUGGAUGGUAGUGUUCAAUUUAGGAUCUACUGGUCUGCUAGUAUCAUGGUUGAUGAAGUAUUCUGACAAUAUAGUCAAGGUGUACUCAACUUCAAUGGCAAUGCUUUUGACGAUGGUUUUAUCUAUAUAUCUUUUCAGUGUGAAAGCUACAAUUCAGCUCUUCUUGGGCAUUAUCAUUUGUAUAAUUUCCCUGCAGAUGUAUUUUAUGCCUGUGCACAUGCUUGUUGAAUUGCCACAAACAUUGCCUGUAGCAUCAAAGUAGGUUCACGGCAUUGUUAGCUAACACAUUGUUCAGGAGAGUAGGGCAGGCAGUGUUGAUUGAAGGGUUAAUUGACUGUCUGCAGCCCAGCUCUAUUUGAGUCAUCUGUUUGGAAAUUUAUGGUUGUAAUCUCAACAGCUAUGGAGCUAUGGUUAGUUUCAUGUUGCAGAAAAGGGGAAUCAGUUGUGAAGUGAGCAUGUAAUGCCAAUGCCAACAAUUGAAAGUUAAUAUGUACAGUCUUUCCAAUUUUUAUCCAGGUAAAAGAUGGAGGCUGAUUGGUCUUGUUGUCUAGGGAAGAGAAAUCCAUGCAAAUGCAAAUAUUCUUCAAAUAGAGCAAAACUACUCAUUCACCUUGUAUCCACAAUUUUGCAUUAAUGGAGUUCAUACAGAACU